AUGUCGACAGCCCAGACCCCACCCAUCCGGCAAAUGGGGUCAGUAGUAAGAGGCAAUAAUGGUCAGACUUCAGGGGAGGUCACAGGUGAUGGGACAGUCAGCAACGAUAGUAAUGAUCGAGAUAAUCAAGUCGAUGCAGCCCAAGUCCAGACCUCUUCUCAGGGCAACAAUAACGCGUCGAGAGGACCACAGCCUCAAUGCCUACAUAAGCCAAAGACCAAACGGGGAAAGUACAUCUCUAAGGCUUGCAAUGAAUGUAAGAGACGUAAAAGCAAAUGCAAUGGGCAGCAGCCGUGCGGACGAUGUGUCCAGCAUUCCCUCAACUGUAAGAUACCUUUUGCUCAGCUACAAGACAACCUUCAAAAGCUACGAAAUGACCGUCGAACCAGCGCUGUAACAGCUGUAAGCCCUGGGGAAGGGCUGGAGUCCGCAUCACAGACAUCCUUGAGACGACCCCUAUCUCGUCAUGCAAUGUCGACAACCGCCCAGGAGGAUGCAGCUGAUCUGGCGAUACAUACGCAUACAACAACUCCGACUAUCACGCCGUCAUCCACCGGACAACCGCGCCAGCCCGCUGUCAACUAUACCUUCAACCUGGAGCUCGCCCGUCAGCAUCUUCGAGCCCAGGGCUCUAGAGCUGGGGACUCUGAAUCUUCUGACACUGCCAAUUUAUCCGAAUCACUCCUCAAUAGACCCCUGGUAGCACCAGAGUCAUGGAACUUCACCAAGUUAACAAUUGAUCCGCUCUGGCUCAUCGACAAACAGGAAGCGUUGCGACUCUGUCAUGUUUACGAAGAGGAAAUCGGGAACUCGUAUCCAUUAUUGACACUUUCAAGCCUGGUAGAAAAUGCACACAAGCUUUAUGACGCCAUGGAAGCUGGUUCCCGGUCCGGCUUUGCCUUUGCUUCACUUCCUGGACCACCACUUAUUACUGCUGACAAAAUUGACAUCUUACGACUUGCUCUAUCAUCUGCAUUGACCAUUGAAACAAGCGGUUCAAGUGGACUUGGAAAUGCUUUAUUUGCUAAAGCACAGGAAAGGAUCUCAAGCAAGAUUUGGGAGUCUCCAUCACUUGACUCAAUAUCCCUUUUCACCUUGAUGGAAGGUCAACCUGCCAUUACUUCUCUCACCAUACUAACUAUCAUCCAGGCCACUCACUCGUUCCUCUCCGGUGACGACCUCCAAGCAUGGAGACUUAUCGGGAUUCCUGCGCGCUCAUGUCUGGAACUUGGGCUACAUCAAGCAACCACGUACACCACCAUGUUCAAGGGGCCAUUCGAAAGGAAAAUGGCCAUUAGAAUGUUCUGGAGUGUGCAUACACUAGACAGACGAUGGAGCUUUGGAGCUGGACUUCCAUUUAUAAUCCAAAGUAAUGACAUUGAUUCAAACAUCCCAUGGCCAGAUGAUGAAGUGCCUUAUCUCCACGCGAUGGUGGCAUACAAUCGAAUCGGUGCUAAAGUUUGGGCGGCACUCUACAAUGCGGGUAGCACAGCUUCCAACGUCCCCAGAGAUGAGAUUGAGUUCCUUCACUAUAGUGUGGAGCGUUGGUACAAAGAGAUACCCACGAUAUUAAAACUCCCUGAAGAUGGAGCGCCUGUUCUUGGUCGAGGUCAUCACCGCCUGCAGAUCCUUCUGGAUUUGAGAGCCUGUCAGAUGAAGAUCCUUCUGCAUCAGUCCGCGCUACAUGCUAUACCUCGACCCGCAAGAGAUACGUCGCAAGUCCAGAUGUUGGUUAGCAUUGCCAAGGACAUGAUACAGAAGCUUCAUCAUCUCAACCAAACAACAGAUAUCUACCAAACACAGCAAGUAUGCUUUAACCAUUUUCUAAUAUCUGCCCUAGGUGUUAUCUUCCUGGCUGUUGCUCUCGAACCUGCUGUGUACCGAGAUAGCGUACGACAAGAGUUUAACACAGCUCUCGAUCUGGUCCGGGGCUUCAGCAAGAGAUCAUAUGUCUCAAGGCGUCUGUGGAAGAUGAUACGCGGUUUACAACAAGCGGGCGUUCGACUGGGUAUCUCCGCGCCAGAUCAAGAGGGACGUGCGGCUCAGGCUUCGCCCCAGGCCACUCCACGCCAGAGAGGUCGCAUGCCCAGCCCUCUUAUACUCGAUCCAGCAAGGGAGUUACCUCAAGCCAGUGAGGCUUGGCUCAAUGACGGUAUGACGGCGGAUAGGGUUGGUGGUUGCGGCAUUCUCGACGGGAUGGAAAUGAAUCUGAGCCUCGACGACUUCCUUACUGCUGCUGAGAAUGAUGAUGGUCUGUGGGGCACUUCUCUAACUGCUGGAACAGGCGACCCAUUGGUGCAAGGUACUCUAAAUCCAACUAUAGACCUUGCGAAACUGGAUUUCAGCCAGAUGCUAGAUAGCUUCCUGUGA